AUGCCUACUGAAGAUAUUUCAUUUUAUUACCUUUGGUCGAAUGAAAAACUCAUACAAAAAGAAAUUAAUCAUCGAAGAAAGGUUGCAUCUUUUGCUACUGGUCUUGCUCUUACAACAACUACUGGAGUAGCAACAUUCGGAAUGGCCAUACCUCUCGUAGGUCCCAUUGCUGCAUUUAAGAUUUACAAGAUUCAUAGUCAUAGAAAGAAAUUGAAGGCUGUCCGAUCUGAGUUAGCUCGACGUCAUCUUUCUCCUGCUGAAAAAAGAAAACGAGAUGUACUCAUUCCCAUGACCAAGUCUGCAGUUAUCUAUUUUGCUACGGCAGGUAUUGCUGAUGGACUUGAUCUUAUACCCGAUGGAUUACAAACUCUCUUGGAUGAUCCCAUACAAGAAGCAUUCGAACUAACUGAAGAAAAGAUUUUGAAAUUGGCAGACAAAUUUCAAGCUUUCAUCAUAACUGAAGUUGGAGCAGCAGUUAUUCACAAAAUCAUGGAUGAUGAGUACGACAAGUCACAUGUUGUGCAUGACAAAUGA